GCGACACGAGCGGCGAGGCAAGAUGAGACCUAUAGAUUUUAUUGUCAGUCUGUAUAUCUGUAUAUUAUGACAUUAACUGUCAAAUUAUCCGAUACUAACGCGACUCGCGAUUCAAUCAAUGAUCAAUAUUUUGAAAUUGAAUGUGUGCGACUGCGCGAGCAGAGUGAAGUUAUAAGAUAGAAGACAUAACACAACGUUGAAGUUAACAGUCAAACAGCAAGAUAAGUCCUGAGGAAAGUUUGGAAUCAUAAGCCGUAUUGUUACCGGUAUCUUCAUAAAAAUGGCAACUAUCGGAAGCGAUCUCGUCAAUUAUGCUAGACAACUUUCAGCAAAAGGCAAUUAUAGCCAAGCUCUUGAUUUAUAUUAUAAGGCCUUUGAAAAAAAUCAGCAACUAAAACAAUUUUUGGAAAUUGAAUUUUGUACUGUUAUAACCAAAUAUAAUGAAUUGCUGGCAGACGCUAACCGAAUUGAAUAUAUACUAGCUAGUUUUAGUAGAGCAAUGCUUUAUUUUCCGGAUAACAUAUUUUUGAUAAAUGAUAUUGGAAGAUACCUCUUCAGGUUUGGUUUGUAUGAAGAAGCUUUGAUCCAGUUUCAAAAGGCGCUAACUGUGGACUCUGGAGACGUGAACGCUGAAAAAAAUAUAAAUACAGUAAAAAAUAUUUUGAUUGAAAGGUGGCAUUUUCGCAUGUUGAAUGAUAAAAUCCGCAAUGCAAGCUAUCGCGCUGCUAUUAAUAAAAUGGUAGUGCCUAAUAAGACCAGAGUUUUCGAUCUAGGUACGGGAACUGGGCUGUUGGCAAUGUAUGCAACAGAAGGUAAGCCAUGGGCAAUAACAGCUUGUGAUAGUUCUAAAGUGAUGACCUCUCUAGCUAUGAAUAUACUGGAAGAAAACAAAUUACGCAUGGCAGUAAUGGUUCUUAAUAAAAUGUCUACAUUAAUGGAUUCUUCAGACUUUGGAUAUCAUAAAUGCUCUCUUUUGAUCACAGAAUUGUUUGAUGCAGGACUAUUUGGAGAGCAUAUUUUGCAGUCUUUGUCUCAUGCAUGGGAAAAUUUAUUAUUGGGUGAUGCAAAUAUUGUGCCCCAAAAAGCAGAAUUUUUCAUUAUGGGUGUGGAUUCAGAAUUUCUCAACUCCAAGUAUCAAUUGUGCCAAAUUACUAAAUCUAUUUUGAACAUAUGUCAUCUCCAUGUUCACAUUAUAGCUGAUGAUGAAACUUAUGAUUGCGAUGAUGUCCAAUUAUACAAAGACAUCAAAUAUAUGACUGAACCACAAUCAGUUAUAAAAGUUGAUUUUACUGAUAAAAAUGACAUUAAUGAGAAACUCUACAGCACUAAACCAUAUGUGGUAGAAAACAAAGUGUUGAAAAAUGGACAAAUUAAUUCCUACAUUGGUUGGUUCAAUUUGUAUUUAACAGAGAACAUAAUUAUUACAACAGAUCCAAGAGACAAAAACAGAGCCAAGGCAUGGCAACAGGCUGUUUUCUUUGAUAGUGUACCCAGAAAAGUCCAGUUAAAUGAUACAUUCACUAUUGACUUCUUCCUUAAAUCUGAAAAGUUGACUAUGAAGGAAAGAGAUCAUGCAUUUGAAAUCAUGAGAGUCUCCCCAGAGACAGUACGGUUCUUAAAUGACACUGUAUAUUUGAAGAUGAUAAAAAGUUGUGUAGUAAUGACCUGCAUAUCCUUGGGACAAAUGACAGAAUUAUCUGAAGUUAACAUAAUAGAUUUAAACCCAUUUCCUUUGUAUGGAUUUUAUAUGCUUCAAAGAGGCAUUAAAUCCUUAGUGUGCUAUGCUAAAACGCAUCACGAUAAAGUGUUCAUUGAAACAGUUUUUGGAGCAAACCAUAUGGAUAUGCGCAAAGUUAGCAUUUUAGUUGGAGAGACAUGGUCACAACGGACCUUUGGCAAUAAGAAAUUUCAUGUAAUAUUUGUUAAUUCACUUGACUUGUGUGGAGAUAUUGAUUACCAAUUUAAAGAGAUAGGUCAAUAUUUGAAGAAGACUCAUCUAAUUGAGGGUGGCUUAUUCAUGCCAUCGACUAUAACAUUAAUGGGACAGAUUGUCAGUAGUGACUGGUUGGAUAUCAUAAACAGAGUUUAUGAUCAAAAUUUGGGGUAUAAAGCAUCUGAACACAUCAAUAAAUUUCAAGUUUCACAAAAUUUUAAUCUCGAUUAUACACAUUUGGAAUAUACCCCACUGACAGAUCCUAUAGAAAUUGGUGAUUGUAAUCAACUUACACCUGAUGUUCUUAAUCUACCGGUUAUUAAUGAUGGUGAUGCCAAUGCUAUACUGUGUUGGUAUAAAAUUGAACUAAUGGAAGGGUUAAUUGAGAUUUCAACCCAAAGGCCAUAUAGUUUUAUAGACGGCACUGCAUACUUAGCUAACCCAAUAAUACCAAUGACUCGAGGCGAUAUUGCAAAUAUACUUUGUUGUGUAGACAGAGAUGGUUUAUUUAAAUUAAUAAUUGACGUUGAAAAUACUUAAACAUAUUUAGCUGAAGAGUAAAAUGGGAUUCUUAAGGCUAGAAUUGUUUGCUGAAACAUAUUCGAAGAAAAAAUAUAAUUUUCUAAUCUCGAAGGAAGACCUGUAUAUGCUUUAUUAAAGAUUUGAAAAGCAUUUAAAAUAUAAUUAAAUUGUAACAAAGUACUGUUACAAAAUUGUCUUUUUAUAUUAUUAUUGAAUAUCAUGUAAUUAACAGUAAACAAUCUAGAGAUGAAAUGGAAGUAACAAAAGAUCUCAAUACAACAACAAUAAAAUGAAUUAAUUUAUCAUGGUAUAUGUUCGAUGUUAGCAGUUUUAUCUCAUCUAGUAUGCUUACUAUUUAUUAUUGUAGAGGCAUAAUUAAGACCAUUUUAUGUACACUUUUAAUUCCAAGGAUAUUAUGACUGAUUGGACUGUGGCUGUGAUGAGAAAAUGGCAUAAGUGAUAGAGUAUUUAUUGUAUUGAACAGUUAAAGUGAUAUGAUUUUUGUCUAUUACCAGAAUAUAUUGUUAGAUAUAUGUCUAUGAUAACCAUUUAUAACCAAUAAUAUAAUUAAUUCACAAAUGAUAAAAUUGAUGAAAACCCCAGUAUUUUUAAUAGUACCCCCAGUAGUUUUUGAUGUAAAAUUUUAGAAAAUUUUAAAAUCAUACCAUUUAUUAUUAAUUAAUGUUGAAUUGAAUAAUUUAGUAUUAAGUUAUAUG